AGGAUAGACCUAUUAUUUUAAAAAUUGCAAACACUAGUCUACGGGCCCCGUGCGAAGUAUGCGACUAUGCGAGUCCCGUCUUAACCAUACGCAUCCUGGCCGUCUCCGAUGCUUCGACCUCGAUCCUGUCAAACACAGUCUACGUGUCCGAGCUUCGAGCCUCCGAGGGUUUAAAUUCUCUAUCGAUUAUGGAUCAGAAAAUGAAUGUGUAUAUUUGGGACAUGGAUGAGACUCUUAUAUUGGUCAAGUCUUUGUUAAAUAAGCAAUUUGCGGAGUCCUUCAACGGUUCAAAGAAUUGGAUUGCUGGUGUUAGGAUUGGGAAAGCUUGGGAGAAUCAUGUUCUUCAAAUAUCUGAUGACCAUUUCUUCUAUGAGCAAAUCGAGAAUUUCAACAUGCCGUACCUAGAUAUUUUCAGCCAUUAUGAUGAUGAUCGGGAUCUCACUGAUUAUGAUUUCAACAAUGAUGGAUUCGGUCCUCCAGUUGAUGAUGUGAAUAAAAGGAGAUUAGCGUACAGGCAUCGAACUAUAACAGAAAAGUACACAAAGGGGUUGCAUGGCAUUCUUAAUGAGGAUAUGAGAAAAUGUUGGGAAGAUCUUUAUGAAGAAACCGAUACUUAUACAGAUAGAUGGCUCUCAUCAGCUCGGGCUUGCUUGGAACAAUGUGCUAGUGGGAACGCUGAGCUGACUCCCGGUGACUGCUCGGCUGCUGGUGCUAAUGAUGGACAGGGUUCUAAAUACCAACAUGUUAAUGUCCUAGUGACUUCUGGGGCACUCAUACCGAGCUUGGUUAAAUGCCUGCUCUUUCGACUGGGUGAUAUGAUUUCUUGUCAGAACGUCUACAGUUCAUGGGAUGUCGGGAAGAUUCAAUGCUUUAAAUGGAUAAAGGAGCGGUUUAGUGUCCAGCAGAACGUGCAGUUUUGUGUCAUUGGAGAUGGAUGGGAAGAAUGUGAAGCAGCGGAAGCCAUGAGAUGGCCUUUUGUUAAAAUGGAUCCGUCGUGUUCAACCAAGUAUCACAGGUUCCCGGGCCUCACCUCGAAACACCUUGAUCUUUACCUUGCUGUUGUGUAUGAAAACCACAAUGAUGACCAAGAGAAUCUCAAAUCCCCAUCUGAAACUACAUGACCUAGUCCAGCAAUUCAUUCUUGGAUUAUCAUCGAAGUUACUGGUAGGAGAGUUAGACUUCCUUUAUACUGUAAAAGAAAGCAAACUGAAGUUGCCUUGAGCUUGUCUACCCAAAACACAAAUUGUUGUAUGUAUCAUGUCUCUCAACUGAGGUCAAAGCUUCCUUUCAUCUCCAAAGUUAUGUACAUGUUUUUUACAUUAGUGCCUUUUUAUUAGAGAUGGAAAGUUUGCCUUUAUUGAGUCUUGACUGUAUAAAGUCUAGCUCUAAGUUUAUUAUAGUUAAUCUCCCUUCUCUUUCUG